AUGAUAAUAGAUGAGCUUUUUAUCCGUCGGGUGUUGGAGAGGUUUUGUCAAGCUUCGGGUCAGAAGGUUAGCCUCGACAAGUCCAAGAUAUUCUUCUCUGAUAAUGUUUCUAGAGAAUUGAGUAGUGUAGUGAGCGCUGAAAGUGGGAUACAAGCUACAAGGGAGUUGGGGAGAUACCUUGGAGUCCCUAUUCUUCAAAGGAGGAUCAAUAAAGAGACUUUUGGAACAGUGUUGGAGCGUAUGUCAUCAAAGCUUGCAGGAUGGAAGGGCCGUAUGUUGAGCUUAGCAGGGCGUAUUACACUUUCAAAAGCGGGUACAUGGUCUUCUACUUGGAGAAGUGUGGUCGUGGGGAUAAGAGAUGUGAUUCGACCAGGACAUGGUUGGGUUAUUGGUGAUGGGCAGAGAGUGAACUUCUGGGCAGACAAGUUUCUGGGGGAAUCCCUAUUAAUUGACGAGGUGGUCGCCGAAGUCCCGGAAGGUUUGACGAUGAUGAAAGCAUCUGAUCUAUGGUUAGAUGGAACAGGGUGGGAGAUGGGAAGAAUCACACAGUUUGUGUCGGACGAUACAAAGCUAGAGCUGGCUGCGGUAGUGGUGGAUAAGGUGUCGGGAGUGGGGGAUCGUUUAUCGUGGAAGGAGACGCCGGAUAGCCGUUUCACAGUUUCAUCAGCGAACCGCUUUUUGAGUCGUGAUCACUUACACAAGCCGGAUAUGAGUUUCUUUGUCAAGCAAGUGUAA